AUGGUUGAGCGAAAGUUCCAGAUCAUAGAUAAAUAUGAUUUCAACAGAACAUCCACGGCAUCGCGAUAUCCGAACAGUGGCAAGCCUGGGAGACGGCGCACUUCUUCCGCGUCAGGUCCAUCAUCGAGAACCCGACCCUGUACAAGCAGUCGCCAAGGGUUCAAGUGCGGUCCCGUCUCACCAGAUAACAUUGCCAAAUUCGGGAGAGUGAUGGCGAAGCCAUACUGUCAGGCUGCAAGUGCUGGCAUCGACUUGGACAUCGCUGGACAAGGUAUCGUCACGGCGUAUGUGAUCCAGCUUGUGCUCGUUCUGUUCCUCGGCCUCUGUUUCAAACUCACAACGUCGUGGAUCCAAACAUUUAGCCGCAUAGGUAGCUCACUCCAGAAGGACUCUAGCUUUCGAGCCACAUGCCAAAGGUGGCAGACAACACUGUCCGAAACACGCUUCGCGAAAGCUGCAUCCUCCGCUAUGCUCGACUUUCAAGAGUCACAGGCUCUGUUCGCUGCUACCAUCUCGAUCACGGCCAUCAUCACGUUCGACGGCGGAAAUAGAGCCGGUUUAGCCAACAUGCUUACACUCUUCUCGUGGAUGUUCAACCAUCGGAUCCUGCAAGGACUCAUCACAGCUGGUAUGUACCCAGUUCUGAUCGCGCCGCUCGUCAUGCACCGAGCUGGAGAGCGUCGGUUCUAUACUCUCUUCUUCGUUGUCUUGUCUUGGAUACUCAUGACUGUGAUCACCGAGUUUCAAGACUUCAAUGCCGAUGCAUUCGAAGAGCACCUGAAGCAGGUUUCGACCGUGGUUGCUUGUGGAGGUAAUCCCGGACCAAUGAGCUUCUGUCAGGGAAUCAAGGAAAAGAACAGCUAUGACUUCUUCAACGUUACUCUUGCAUGUCGGUUUGCAGUCCAUAUCAUAGUAUCAUGCCUGAUCAUGGACUGGAUUGUGCAUUUUGCUAAGACGCAAAUGACCGGAGAUAAGAUCAAGUAUACGCAGAUUGGCGGAGACUCUCGUACGAUCUUCUCAUUCGCAGAGACCAAGGGUGCCAAACUCUUGCUGGCAGUCUUUUGGGCCGCGAUCGAAAUUCUCACGGUUAUCAUGAUCUUCAUUGGUCUGCGCGAGAUGGUCGAGCUUCUUGACAUGCACUCAUCUGAUAGCGGCCUGUCGACGUGGGGAUUUGGGCAACUUGUCGCCGUGGCUAUCUGGUUCCCAGUAAUGAUCAAGUUCGUCUGUCUCAGUAUAUUUGGGCCCAGGAAAGAGGUUAAGCAGAAGGCCAAUACAGACAGACCACAGGUCUUUGAGAUGACUAGCUAUCCACAGAACAAAUCUGACAACACAGCAUCCAGAUCUGCUUAA